AUGGCAGGCAGGCUUAAGGUUUUCUACUGUGUCCCCAUUCUUACACCCAGUACUAAUGGUCUGAGGGAACUGAGUGAUGAUGAGCAGACAGAUAGAAUGAUGAUGUUUGUUGAUAUUGGGCACGACUUCUUUAGCAUAUACCUGGAUCAUGAUGAAAGCUUUCAGGCUAAUCCAGAUGAAGAUGAUGUUGUCUACAAUCCAAGAGCACAUUUGCCUCUAGUCUUCAUCCCUGCAAAGAGAGUUCCCAGCAGUAGUGCACACACUGAAAAGGUUCAGGCAGAUGCAAAGCAUGAAGAGGCAGGGGCAGAUGCAGAGCAUGAAGAGGCAGGGGCAGAUGCAGAGCCAGAGACAGGGGCACCUAUUCCUCUCCAGGUUAUAUUCCCUAAUGGUGAUGCAGAUGAGGACGUGAAUCAGUUUGAGUUUGUGAGGAGGCCAUCAACACAGCAAGGUUUGGGUAAUCAGAUGGAGGAAGCAGAGCCAGUGGUAGUGCAACAACCAAGUCAUCACAAAGAUAAUGAAAUGCAAGCAGAGCCAGUUGUAGGAAGCACAUCAAUGAGGAGGAGUACUAGGCAGACCAAAAUCAAUUAUGCAAUGGAAGAAGAUGAUGCAGCUAGUGACACAGAUGAUGAGGAUUAUGACCCUGGAUUAAUUAUAGACAGUGACAGUGAGAUUGGCAAUGAUGAUGAUGACUUGUAUGCAGAUAAUGUAGAUGAGGAUGAACCAGAACAGAAACAGGAGAACAAAUCAAAUGAUAGAGGAAAGCAGAAAGGAAAUCAAGUCCAAACUAAAGCUCAGGACAAAGGAAAACAGAAGUAUAAUUUAGAUGAAGACUUGUCUGAAGGUGAAGAUUUUUGGGCACCUGAUUCAUAUGAUGAAGAGUUGCACUUGAAGUUCAAAACUUUCAGACCAGAGGAUCUACGCAGGCCAAAAUUCCUUGUAGGCCAAGUCUUUGAGAGUGUAGAACUACUGAGGACAGCAAUUAUAGAGUACUCCUGCCAGAACAGAGUUGAUAUCAAGCUGCCUGUCAAUGAUAGGAAAAGACUUAAAGCGAAGUGCGAUGAUGAAUGCACAUGCUAUUUGUGGGCAUCAUAUGACAACAGGACCAAGGCAUUCAUGAACUUUCAACAGUCUUUCAAGGGUGAUAUCUUGAAGAAUCAACUGUGGAAGAUAGCUAGGAGCAACACAGUGCAGCUAUAUGAGCAGAGCAUGCAUGAAAUGAAGAUUCUUAAUGAAGAUGCCCACAACUGGCUGCAUGAGUUAGAGCCUGAAACUUGGGUCAAAGCUUUCCAGAGUGACUUGCCAAAAUGUGAUAUCUUGCUUAAGAACAACUGUGAGAGGAGAGCUACUGCUGAGAAGAAGGAGGAAGAGAAGAGAGUACAGAGGGAAGCAACUGCUGCUAAAAGAGAAGAAGAGAAGAGAAUUGCUGCUGCAAAAAGAGAAGAAGAGAAGAAGUUAGCUGCUGCAAAAAGAGAAGAGGAGAAGAAGCUCGCUGCUACCAAAAGAGAAGAAGAGAAGAUUUUAGCUGCUGCAAAAAGAGAAGAGGAGAAGAAGCUUGCUGCUGCCAAAAAAGAAGCUAACAAGAGGCUUGCUGCUGCUCAAGAGAGGAUGAAGGCUGCUGCACAAAAGGCAAGGGAGCAAACCAUGGCAGCUGCAAAAAUAAAGUCAAGCUGCUUGGACAACCAAUCUGAUCUUCCAAAGAAGGCUCCAAGAUCUUCUAUGUUUGAUAUCUUUAGGUAG